UAUGAAUUAAAUUAGAAUAAAUAGUUGACAUUUAAUCAGAAAGAAGUUAAAGUUAGAUAAAGUUAAUGGACAGUAAACUUUUAAUUCCACGGGACUCUGUGGAAUCUGGAUCAAAAGUAAAAUCAUCAAAAUGUCACAUUCAAGUCAAAGGUUGCCAUAUGGCACCGGCUAAAACGCCAGAGGUACAUUCAAAUGAAGUAUACUGCUUGGAUUACAUCAGGGACAUGAAAGUUGGAGAUGCUGUGAAUUUGACGAAUGAAGGGGGCUUAUUAUAUCUUGAAGACACGUGGAGAACGGAUUGGGAGAAACCUAUACAGGUCACACGCAGCGUUACUUUGGAUCGAGAGUUGGAACUCUCAGACGCUCCAGACGAGUGCCUUCCACCUUCCAAUGUAUACUUGCCCAACUAUGCCUGGGGAGGUCUAUCGACGAGGGGUCUGAUUAAAGAAGAAGGUGGUAUCAGUAUUCAACCUGAAGAAACUAUUACGAGCAAUUGUAAUCUGGACCUGCAACAGCCUUUAGCCACAAUCACACCAAUUGACACCUCAAUCCCACCAAUGUGUGAACAGUUGCAAACGCAUUUUGUGACCAAAUACAACUGUGACGACCAAGAUCUGCUGUGGAUGCAUUGUGUGAAUGAAGAGUUAGCCCUCUGUUCUUCGCCCCAAAUGGGAACUAGCAUGAGUGACAAUUUACUCGAGUUUGUGAUCGAUUUCCUAGAAGAGACAUCGCAUUCCAGACUGCAGCUUUUGGUUCACAACGAAAAAGCGGAUGGGAUCGAGUAUGACGAGAACACACUGUGUGACGUGUGUAGAGAAGGAACAUGCGAGGAGGGCAAUGAGAUCCUCUUCUGUGACAAGUGUGAUAUUGCAGUACACCAGGGCUGUUACGGCAUAGCAAAUGUGCCGGAGGAAGACUGGCUGUGUCGUACUUGCUACCUCGGUCUCAAACCCAGAUGUUUCCUCUGUCCACACUCUGGAGGCGCCAUGAAGAGCACGCUCAAUGGCAAACGGUGGUGUCACGUGUCCUGUGUCCUCUGGAUCCCUGAGACCAGUUUCGGAGACUUGUACAAGAUGGAACCAGUGGUCCAGCUGAAGACUAUUCCGGACUCCAGAUGGGCGCUGGUGUGCACACUGUGUCGGGAGAAGGUGGGGGCGUGUAUUCAGUGCAGUUACAAGACUUGUGCAAUAUCAUAUCACGUGACCUGCGGGUUUAAUCAUAACCUGGAUAUCACCACUACGCAACACGCCACUACGGGCGAUCUAGUAUUCAAAUCCUACUGCCUAAAACAUACAACAGAAAGGCGAAGGAAAAGUAUCAAUUCAGCGCAACAAGUUCAGCCCACGAAUCACCAGAGGCUAAGUUCUAUGUCCCAAAAAACGGUUUCAAAUUCACCUCAAAAUAAAAAGUUAACCUUAUCUCCGACAACUAAUAUCUCUAAAGACGACAACACGUUAAUGCGCAAUAGAAUCAACAAAGCUCUCUGCAAGUUCUAUACGUUGACAAGUCCCGAGGAAGUUUCUAGAAAGCUAAAUGUGAAACCUUUUCUCGCAAGUUUGUUGUAUGAAUAUUGGAAGUUAAAACGAAUAUCGGGUGCACUUUUCAGAAACAGAAUAUCAUUACCCACUUCUAAUAACCAGUGUUCAGACCAAGUUAGUAAUAAGUCUGAGCAGACUAAUUUUGGUCUGGUGGAUCUAACCUUGACAGAAGAACAGCAAACGCAGUUAGAUGCCGCGGAGAGUCUUCGGAACCGAGCUGCGAUGUUUGUUGCUCUUCGCCAGGACUUCGAGAAGGUUCGCAAUAUGGUCAAUUUGGUACAGAAGCGAGAGCGUUCUCUCAAGAUGUACCACCGAGUGUGUUACGAGAUGUUCAAGCGUCAGUUGGUCCUGGCAGGAUUCAGACUGUUGCCGGAUAUCUUGUGUCCAGAUUCUGAUCUGGUCAAACGCAAGCACGAAGAGGGUUCUUUAUCUUCGGCAGAUGAAGGCAUCGGAUCCGGAGAGUUUUCAGAAACAGAAGCGGCCACCAAUGAAACAGUGAAAUCUCGGAAACGUGAAAGGAAAAAUGUAUCUGAAAUUGCAAAAGACCGAAAUGCAAAUGAAGUUAAACCGAAGAAAAGAAAGAAGUUGACAAUACAAACAUCAGAAACAAAGGAGAAAACGAUAUCGAAUGGUGCCAUUGUUAACUCAACUAAACAGUCAUCCAACAAACAGCCAUCUGAGUGCACAGAUAAAAAAUCGACUUCUUGCAAAGGUUUGUUGCCUGGCUUCUCGGGCGCAAGUUUUGACGAUAUCAAAGUAGCAGUAUCAUCGUCACCAAACCGAAUAACGCCAACUGGAAAACUAGAAUUCAGCAACAGCAGCAGUGCGAAAAAGUUAACCAGUUCGGGUGUAGUUUCGGGCUUAGACGGAAAUAAAAAUCACACAGGUUUUACAAAGAAAGAUGCUGCAAAAGUCCCCGUCCAAAACCUGUCCAAGGAUGCAAUGAUAUUAAAGAAAACAAACGAACAGUCGAUUUUGUCAAAAAAGACCGAAAAACGUUGCAAUUUAUCUGUUAAAACAGAUAACAUAUUCACAAAACUUGAUGAAGCGUCGCCGACUUUCGCCGAAUGGAAAAUAUCACCAGAAAAUUUUAAUCCGGGAACCUGCGAAAGAAAAAAAAUCAAUUUAGUAUCAAAAUCACCGGUGCAAAUUUCAACACCGCAACAUUCCAUGCAAAAUGGAUUCACGGUAUCUUCAGCGACCUCCUCAAUUUCAGCGUCGACUUCAAAAUAUUCGCCGAAUGGUUUAAUCGAUUUCGAUUUCUUGAAAACGACAUCGAAAAUUGAUAGUGCAAGCUUGAAAGAUCAAGUGCAAAGGAUCAAGAAGAAAAUAAGCAGACCACUCAUUGUGCCGAAAGACAAAUGUAACGAAAGUAAAAAAGAUGCAAUUUCAGAUGUCAAAACAAUGGAAAGCAGCCAGAAACCAAAAUCUACAAAUGACAAUGUGAAUCUCAAAGAAACAGACAAAGAACUGUCGCUUUUUGAAAAAAUGUUUUCUGAUGACCUAUGAAUUAAUGACUUUAAUUUCUAUUCUAUUAUACGUGCUAAAAUGGUGCCUCUUAUAGUUUGCAACAAAUAUAAGUCCCCCCAUAUAAAGGUCAUUGAUGAGAACUAAUAUCAGAUCGCUACUUUCAGAUUCUACUUUUUUGAUAUUAUAACUUAAGUUUUGAUGAUUAGCAGCUUGAUUUUGUUGCUUAUUUUGAACUAUGUUCAGAAUUUUGAUCCUACGAUUAACUGAACACUAAAAGUGAAAAUUGAAUGAAAUCAAUACAUAUUUGCUGAGCUGUAAUGAACUGGACCCGAAACUUUGUUUUGUAAGAGUUGAAAGUCUUUGUUCUCUUUUUCAUUAUGUUUAAAAGGUUUAGAUUUAGAGAGUAUAUAUGUCUGAGCUUAUAAUUAUGAAUUAUAUUGACGGUAUAUUUGCUGUCGGGAAUUUUGCCGUCAUUUCAAUUCUGAAUUUAUAAAUUUUGUCCAUUUUAAA